AUGAUACGGAACGGAAACUAUUACCACGAAGAAAGAGGUAACUCAGGUCAUUCGUUCGGCUCGUUCGCGAGAUACACCUGCGAUUCUUGCGGCAAGUGCUACCGUACGUGGGGCUCGCUGAAGUUUCAUCGGAACAUGGAGUGCAGAAAGGAGCCUAGUUUUUCGUGCACCUUCUGCGGCUACAAAUCGCACAGGAAGAGCAAUCUGCUCAGGCACAUGCGUAUUCUGAACGAGUGCGUGAUCGAUGCUACGGUGGACGAGACCGUGGACAUGCCCGUGCAGGCGUGGAAGGUGCACGAGAGGAUGGUGUUUGCCGAGUUGAAGAUACCGAAAGCGAGCAACUUCAUUGGCAAAUCGCACGGCCAAUUCUCGUGCGACCGCUGUAGCCGAUCGUAUGGGCGAAAAGACUCGCUGUCACGUCAUAUGCAGUGGGAAUGCGGCAAGGAACCGUCGUUCUACUGCUCGUUCUGUUCGCAAGGUUUCAAACGCAAGGCGCACUUGCAGCGUCACGAGCGUCGCCGACACAGUGACAAACUUAACAGCACGGAGAAAUUGUUGUACUCGUACAAGCCGAAAAUGGAGAUCGAUUGA